GGGCUUACAAGCAGAGCAGGUGGGCAUUGCCAAUGGACAGGAGAGGGUUUCUACAACAAGGUACCGUAAGAUUAAGUUUCACUCAGUGCAGACCACAGACAUCAGUUUUAGUCAUAAACUGUGGUUCACUCUGACCAGACAUGCUUGUAUUUAGAUAUGGAGAUACGAAGGUAUAAUGAACAAAUCUAGAUUCAAACCAAUAGAUUUGUAGAUCACAGACCCACUGUAAUAACCAUGCAGUGUUAAAGCUAGUUAUUUACCAUCAAGCAAGCACUGGAAAACUCAAGGCACAUGAUCCAAGAAUAGCCACACACCCUGAGCUGCCACCUUUGUGUGAAAAUCUAUCCUUGUCACUUGGGCAGACAUGUGGGGAGAUGCAGAUUGUAGCCUCUCCCAUACAAAGGGAAGUGAUAGCUUGGAUCUAGGAAGACACUCCAAAAUGUUUAGACCCUCAUAUAGAAGUUCAAGUCCAUUUUCUCUCACAGACCUCGACAUGUGGGACACCAAAUCCCGCCUUACAGCCCAGACCUCAGCAUGGUGCGGUAUGGCAACUGUCUCUGGGUCAGGAUUUCUGUCCAAAGUCAGCACAAGCACGUCAGGCAGCACCGGUGGCUUCAGACAGAAUGACCCCGGUCUAAGGAGAUGGCAGUCAUUGUCCCGUCUGGCACCUGAGGGUGCUACUCGGUCCUUUACUCCGUCUCCAGGGGCUGAAUUACAAGCCGCCCGAGCUGAAAGUAGCUUUAGACAAGCAGGAGUGGUGCAAUGGCUGCAGGAUGCUCAUGAGCGUAUAGACAGUCAGCUGGACCGGCUGAGGGCCAGAGACGCACAGCUGAGCUACAACACAACUACUGCACAGCUACACAUGAAUCAUAAGCAGCUGUCAGAAGCAAUGAGCACUCUUGAGCAGGAGAAGGAGGCAGCUGAAUCAAACCAUUUUGACAAGAACCAGCAACGUAGAGAGCUUCAUGAAAAGGUCCUAAAGCUGGAGAGGGAUCUGGUGCAAAUGAGGUCUACUUUGGACAGAGGAAGCAAUGAUCAACCAACCAAAAGAGCUCCUAGUUCACUUAGCCGAACAUUACCAGUGAGCCAAGAAGACUUUAACAGACAGGAGAAGCAGGAGGUUGAUACAGAGCUGUGCAGGCUGAGAGAGGCCCUGAGAGAGGCUGAGACGAGGGCAAAAACACAAGAAGAAGAGCGAAAUCAGGCACUCCAGCGACUCCAGACUUCAGAUGAGACACAGAGGACGCUGUUGAGUCAAAUAGAGGAGAUGAACCAGAGGCUCAGCCACACUGUAUCAAAUCACACUGAAGUGCAAGAGCAGCUGAGUGAAGCUAACAACAAAAUCAGCCAAGCAUGCCUGGAAAAAGCCAUCCUGUCAACUCAAGUGUUAAAGCUGGAGGAUAAUGUGAAGGAACUAAAGGCCAAACUGACAGGGGCUCUGUCUGACAAAGAUCAGCUGAUCCAGGAGAAGGCAGAACUGCACCAGAGGACCCAGGUCCUGGAGCUGCAUCUGGAGAGAACACAACCAGCUUCAAAGGAUCAGGAAACUGUUCUGAUGAAGGAAGAAUCAAUGGCCCUCAGAGAGGUCAAUGAAAAGCUGACAUGUGAGCUUGAAAUGAUCAAGCAGAAGGUAGAGAUCUCACAGUCUCAGCUACAGGAGCUAACAGCAGAGCAGGUCGUCAACAUCAAACAGAUCAGAGAUCUGGAGGCAGAACGCUCUGAGCUGAUCACACAAAAAGAGGAACUGCUGAGCAAAACUGAUGAAGAUAGUCAUGAGAUGAAGGAAAAGUGCUGCCAGCUCAGGGAAUCUGUGGAAGUUUUGGAACUAGAAAAACAGACGCUGCAGGAUCAGUGUCGGUGUCUGGAGGCUGAGCUGCUUGACAAUGAAGAGAAGCUACACCUGCUGGAAGAAGAGUAUCGCAAACAAGAUGCAGUGAGAGUCCAACACAUCGAGGAACUGAAAGCUUUGGCCUCACACUGGACUGAGAAAUGGCAAAAGGUGGCUUUGACCCUGCAGUCUACACAAGAGGAGCUCGAGGAACUCAAGAAGAGCAACUCCACAAACGAAGGGCAAUGUGACUCGCUGCUCAGGGUUGAGCUUGACGCAUGUAAACAGGAGCUGGAGCUGGAAAGGAGCAGAAGUCAGGCGCUGCUUCAGAGAUACAAGGAUGAAGGUGGUGCAGCUGUGCGGACUAAGGGCAAAGAGACAGUGACAGACUUAUCAGAAUCCUCUUUGUUAUGGGAACCGACAUCAGACUCCCACAGCAGCCAAAAGAAAUCCCCUCAGGUUUGUAUACAAAGCAGUGAGGUUCAAAUGCUGAAGGAAAAACUGACAGAAAGAGAGAAGGAACUGAGGGAAAAGGAAGACGCUUUGAUGAGUUUAGAAAGGCUAAGAGAGACGGAAAAAACUGAGGCUCAAAUCAAGGUUUCUGCUCUGGAGCUCAAGCUCAGGAAAAAGGCUUCUGAAGUUAGUCAAGAAAGUGAGGGCCACGCAAAUGUCUCAACUACUGACUCACUAAGGACCCAGCUAGAAGAGAGCAGGAAGAAGGCUGGCCAGCUGCAGCAGGAGAAGAUGCUGGCAGUCCAGAAGCUUCAAACACGAAAGCAGCUUUACUCGGUAAAGUUCACGAAAGAGACACCACUGAAGAUGGCCUCCCGCAGUGGUGACGGACAUAAUGAAUUACAGAUGCCUUGUCUGCAGGUUAAAGAUGAGAAACCACCUGUUGAAGGCAGGAAGGAUAAGACUGUCUGUCCGGUUAAUCUAGAGACAGACCAGCAGAGGAGAAUGGUCACUGAGCAGUUGAAGAGUUUGUUCAAAGAGCGAGAAGGAAAGGAGGUGGGAAAGGUUGACAACACACCAGCAGCUGCUCAAACCAGAACCUCCUCACCUCAAGACGGGACUCCCACAUCUAAAGCUACUGCAGUGGACAGGUGGGGCUGGCAGCAGAGCUCAGGUCUGAUGCCAGUGUUUGAGGAGGACGAGGAGGGCAGUGACCAGGAAACCUGGCCUGGAGAGGAGGAGGACGAGGAGGAGGAGGGAGAGCCAGCAGGAGAGGCUCAUAUUGAGGAAAACCUCCACAAUCAGGGACACCAGAUGUCAGCUAAGAAUCCAGAAAACAGCUGUCUGAAGGCAAAACAUGAGAGUCUGCUUCAAGGUGAAAAUGUGAUGACAGUAAGGUUCAAGCUGCUAAUCCAGGAUCUUCACACUGCAGCAGAAAAAGUACCAGACAAGUCUUCGGAUGUUGAAGGGCCAAUCCUAGCUCAUUCUUUAGAUGAGUGUGACCUGCAGAGGAGAACAACUUCCCUCUAUCCUGAUGGAAUAUUCUUGGCUCAGCUUGUAGAUAUCUGUAGCCCUGAUGAAGAUGAAGAGGAGGGAGAGGACAAAUGAUGUGUUUGCAUUGGGAAAGACUUGCUAUAUACAAAUCUGAUACUGUAUGUUUUUUACACAACAGAAAUAUAAUAACUAAUUCAAAUCUACAAUUUAAAUAUAAUCCUAUGAUAAGAUGAUUUUUGGCAGAUGCUUUUCUUCCGUAACCAAAGAUUGUGAUGUUUUGCAGCUCAGUCUAACAGAAAGCUGCUUUGUGAUGGAAAAUAAAGCACAACAGCAACAAUCUGAGCAUUUUUACGUCAGGCAAUAGUGUUAAUAAAAGCCACCAGGCUACGUCAGGCAAAAAUGUGUUUUAUUUAUAUGACAUGAUAUGGUUCCUCACACCAUAUUUACAUUCAGAAUAUCCUACAGCCAACAAGCUAUUCCUAACGUGUCUCCAAAGAACUGUGGAAUUACAGAUAUGCAUGAGAGUAUAUAAAGUACAUUUGUGUGUAACACAUGUUACUCACACAUCAAAUAAAUGACAAAGUGUAUUUUAGUCAUGAGGACUGAACUGCUUAAGGUAAUAUUUUACAAAUACAUUAUUCUACAAACUCUAAGUUUACAUUGCCAUUUCGUGCACUUACAGUAAUGUUCCAUAGGAGAAUUCACAGAUUCAUAUAAAUAAGGCCAUGUUUAAAGAGUUUAUUGUUUGGUGCUCAGAAAUCCAUCCAUUAAAACUGCAUUGUCCAUAAA